AUGGAACGUCUCUUCAAACGGCGCAAAUUGUCCGCGUCGGCUGCCAGCGUAGCCGCUUCGCGUCCGACUGCCUUCUCACAUGGCUUGCAAGAUGUCCGCCCUGUCAAACGCAUCGAAGAAGUCCAUGUCCACAUAAGGAACCAUAGUCCUGGCCGGAGUGCUGUCCAGCGCGCCGACGAGUUGCACCAACGGCUACACAAACGUCAAACGCCGCUGCUCAACGGCACGCUCGAAUCCACAACGUCUUCAAUGUCUACAUCCACUUUACUGGCUGACGCCGAACCCUCGCUCCCUUCAACUUCUCCCGACGCUGCCACCGACGCUCCUUCGACCUCAGUCUUGGAAACACUGUCGUCCCUCUCGGCCUACUCUUCCACCCUCGCAGGUAUCUCGCCAUCAAUUGCAGCCGCCAGCUCCACAUCGACCGACUCAGACUCGUCCUCGGCUGUGUCAACGACAGAGAUUUUGCCAACAACAGAAGCUGCACCCACCUCGACAGCUUCGGAUCCUUCUUCGACCGUCCCGGUCACUGACGCAACACCUACUUCGACGACCGCCGAUACAUCCCUAGCUGACCCUUCAACAACCACAGACAUAUCCUUGGCCGUCUCAUCAAUCGACUUAUCCUCAAGCACCACAUCACCCUCUGCGACAAUUCCUCUGGCUGCCUAUACUGGCCCUGGCACUGCAAGUCUGGCUCUCUCCACAACCGCGUCCCUAGACAUAAGUGACUCGACUGGCAUACCAUCAAUCAUUGAAUCAACUUUCACCCCGACUUCGUCUGCCUCGUCGUCUUUUGACAACACAUCACCGGCUGUCUCGACUGCAGCAUCAUUGGGCCUGUCUCUUUCAGGUGCAGUUGUACCCGCUGCCACGAUAAGCUCUUCUGGAGCAUCCGAGGUCGAGAGCUUGUCCGAGUCAUCCUUUGUCUCAUACAAUUCCGCACUCAACACCGUCGCUUCGGCUAUACCGACCAGCAUUGCUUCUGGUAUAACCUUGCCUGGCGUGGCUGGAACCGCGCCCACGACUUCGGCUGUUUCCACCGACGUUCUGUCGCAGACUACGAAUACAGUUGGCGAUGUCAAUGCGACCCUGAGUUCCUCUGGUUCGCUUACAACGGCUGCGCCUGUUUCUGCCACUGCUUCAGACUUGACCUCUCCUUCUGCAUAUGAGUCCAUCACUAUGGUCGGUUCGAAUACGGCGAAUGAGUCGACGGUGACUACUGCGGAUCCGAUUCUUGUGUCGCUCGGCUCGACAAGCGAUGCUCUCCCUGCCACGAGUAUUUCAAGUGGCGCCAUCACUGCCUCAGUCAUAUCGUACACUUCGUCUGGCGUGCCGCUCAUUAGCACUGUAUUUCCUGCUGGACUGAACUCGACCAUUAAGUCCUCAAGCCCGUCGUCAGUCCUCGUCUCAGGUAGUGCCAGUCCGUCUGGAUCAAAUGCAGUCCACUCAAGUUCAUCGCCAUCUUUUGCUAGAAACCUGACAACAUCUGCAACCGUCAUCUCCAGUUCUUCGACAACUUACACCUCAUUCACUACCUUUCAACGCAAUAGCGUGACUAGUUCGAUUUCGAACACGGCGAGUGUUCUUUCAUCUGCAGAUAGAUCUGCAAGCACUAGCUCCACUCCUCUGGCCGCUGUGUUGGGUUUCUUCACUGCGUCUUCUUCCACUGUCGAAACACUAUCUGAUGGAUCUCCUUCUACUGCUGUUCUCGUUGCGCAGGCUUUCGCUACCACUCUUUCCAACGGUCAAACCACCACGUCUUACGGUUCUUUCCAACCCGUGUCGUCGUCUGCCUCGGGCUAUGCUGCCUUGAGCGACAGCUCGGAAAUCUCUUCUGCUGCUAUUGCUCUCUCGUCUGAAAAUGCCGAUAUCAGUUUCCGCCUCAGUUCUCUCAACGCCGCCGCAUCAACUGCUACAGGGUCGGCUAGAAGCUCAUACUCUUCUCAGGCAGUUGUUCUCCAGAGCGCUGCUUCCUCGGCUGUACGGUCAGCUAACAGCGCUCUGAGCAGUGCAGCAUCUCGCAUCUCUUCAGAAGCCUCGUUUGCUUCCGCUCUUGCAUCGUCAUCGACCGACAACUCUUUGCCCUCUUCCAGCGCCACUCAGAGCCCUGAUGCUAGCGUCAUCGGUGGGCCUACAACAACUACUGUUCCCAGCCCUGCGAGCAGCACCGCAUCACCGGACAACAACAGCGACAACACCCCACCUCCUUCUGUGCUUGCAGGUGGUAUUGUGGGUGGCGUCGCCGGACUUGCAGUUUUGGUUCUGACUGCCAUGAUUUUCCUGCGCUGGUAUCGAAAGCGCAUGGCUAGCAUGAAUGCAUUGACUGGAGCCGAAGCCGUCACGGGAAGUGGUGGUGCUGGGGGUAUGUCCGAGCGCGGCAGAACAGCUCCCGUAUUAGCGCCACUUCUGGGAGGGGUCUUCAAGAAUAGAAAAUCCCGAGCCGUGGACGACACUGGAGAACGAGGCUUCCAGCGCAUUAGCGGUCGUAAAUUGCCUAGUGCUUUCUCAGCUGGCAUGACUUCUGCUCCACCCAUGCUCAUGCCGUCUGCCUUCGACAACGACCGUAACAUGAGCACUACUUCGGUCUAUCGCGACAGCACUUACUACGGCGCAGCUGGCUCACCUUUCGAUGACCCCGACAACGAAAUUGGCAUCAACGAAACCAUAAUGCCUGGACCAGCACGGCAAGCAAGAGUUCACCCUCCCUAUGCCAUGAGUCCGACAAGUGCAUUGUCCGAAAACACAUCGCCUACCAGUCCUACCUUCCCCAUCCAGGGACACAGGUUAACNCCCGAGCCUGGACCUAAUGCUCCUCUCAUGACUCCGUUGAACCCAGCCCGCAGAAGCGUCACUCCCGCCACACUAUCAAGCUUCGAUGGAAGCAGGGGAAGCAGGUUCACCGAAGAGGUCUGA